AUGCAGCGGAUGAAAUCGAUUGCGAGAAGCUACGUCUAUUGGCCUAACAUCGACUGCGACAUAGAAGAUUUUGUUCGGAAAUGUUCCAGUUGUGCCAUAGCAGCAAAAGCUCCGGUGAAAUCAACGCUCUCUUCCUGGCCAAUUCCGACGGAACCAUGGACUCGGCUACAUUUGGAUUACGCUGGCCCUGUUCGAGGUAAAUUCUAUCUGGUUAUUAUAGACGCUUGUUCCAAAUGGCCAGAAAUUUUUGCAACCAACAACACAACCGCCUCAACAACGGUAGCGAAAGUUCGUGAAUGUAUUUCCCGUUUCGGUUGUCCACAUUCUAUCGUCACUGACAACGGUACCCAGUUCACAUCCGAACUUUUCGCCAAGAUGUGUCAAGAAUAUGGAAUCGAGCACGUGAGAACUCCAGCUUUUCAUCCUCAGUCCAAUGGUCAAGCAGAGCGUUUCGUCGACACACUUAAACGAGCUCUCCUCAAGAUGGGGGAGAAAAAUCCAGAUGAAGCGUUGCUGACUUUCCUCGAAACCUACAGGUACACUCCGAACGCAUCUCUUCCACAGAACAAAUCCCCUGCUGAAGCUCUCCUAGGUCGGAGAAUUCGCACCAAAUUCGAUUUGAUGAAGCGUUCCAGACCCCAACCAACUUUGGUGAACGAGAAUCAAAACAAGCAGUACAACCAGAAGCACGGUUCCAAGCAACGGUUGUUCCAGCCGAACGAGAAAGUGUUUGCUUUGAUUCACAUCCGAAAUCAGCAACACUGGGCCCAAGGUAUCGUCAUCGAGCGAAAAGGUCAAGUCGUCUAUACCGUUCUUCUGGAUGAUCCCAAACGCAAAGGAUUGAUAAGAUCGCAUGUCAAUCAAUUGCGUAGUAGAGCAGCAUCAGACAUGACGUCAACCGAGCAGCAAAUUCCCCUUCAAGUUUUGCUAGAAGAAUUUAAGAUUCCGCAAUCUAGAAGUGAAGCUGAAGACGUUGGUCAACCCGCUGAUUCCGAAGCAGACGUACAACAAGAUCAACUGCAGACAUUGCCAGAAAUCAUCGAUGAAGCUGGUCCAUCUCAUCCACGAAUUCCUGAAGAGGUUCGAAUUACAAGGAAACGAGCUGCGAAAAUAACGCCACCCCGAAAGCGCCGAUUACCAUCCUAUUUCCAGUACUACGAACUUUUCUAA